CUCUAGCCACGGCAGUUCGCGCGCUUUUUUCUUCAACAGUCUUUAAACUGCGGGAAAAUUACUUGUGGCGGUCGCAGGCGGAAGAACGUAAUAUAAAUAAAAGAGCAUAUUAUCCCGCGUACAAGCCAUGGAUAUAGACUUCGGCGCGGAGGCGGGGCAGUCCUACCGCACGGUGCAGCUCUCCGCGAAAGAGGUGCUCGCCGCUGGCCGCCGUCAGCAUUAUUGCAACAUGAUCGACCUGUUGGCGAGCAGCUGCAAGAGUUCCGGUCUGAUAGCCACUUCCUUCACGGACGACGAGCUGGUGGAGUUCUGGCUGGGUGACAUCCUGCCGCUUAUGUUCGAUGCGGACCGCAAGAUCCAGGACUGUGCCGUGGCAGCCCUGGCGGAGGCAUUGGUGGCUCUCGACGUGUCCGUUAUCCACUCGGCCAGGUGCUGGCCCCAGAUCCGCACUGAGUUCGUCAACAAAUACACCACUAUCAUUGGGGAGAUGCGCGAUGCUAAGAACUCCAACUGGCACAAGAUAUGGACGCUGCUGGUGCAGAUCAUGGACGAGGAUCUGCUCCGGGGCUGUGUAUAUAUCAACAAAUUCUUGGCUCUGGUUGAGUUGGGCUUUCGUAACCCGGAUAAUGGUGUUCGUUCGGAGGCAUUUCUUUGCUGGCGCGUGCUCAUCAAGAUCUUUGCCGCCUACGACGAACUGACAUCCGUGAAGAGGCUUCGAUUGCUGCUGAUCCCCCUGCGCACAUCACAAUCGCGAUCCUCCCACGUGAGUGGCAUCAAGUUGCGAGUGUGGUGGUAUCUGCUCACCAGCCUGGACCAGGAGGUACCAAAGUCUUUCGACAGCGCCGUCGAGCACUUUCUGGCUUUUAUGUUGGGCGGAGGUCCACGAAAUCUGCCCACGGGUCUGGCCCACAACUACCAGACGGCCCGGGAGUUGGCCCUGCCCUGUCUUGUGUCCCUUUGGGGCGUGGAGCCCAGUGAACCGCUGCAGCGUCUGUUCAGAGAGCUACGCUUGGAGACCUUGGUGCAACCCUCGCCUCUGAUGAGUGGAGAGGUGCUGCAGCAGCACUGGAAGCCAUUGUUGGGCGCCGCUGUUUCUGGAUUGAAGUUACUUAGCGAGAACGAUGCCACCGAAGCAGAACAGCUCCUGUUGCAGCUGCUAGUCCGCAAUCUGUGCCUCGCCAUGUUUCGGCUGGCAGUUGCUCCCUUCAAUGUGGCGUGCUGCAGUGAAAUCGAGAAAAUCCUGCAGUCCGAAGAUAACUCUGGAGGCCGAGUUGUACGAGCUCUGUUCAAUACCAUAGCCGCUGAUAACUUGGCAAUGGAGCGUGUGGCUGGAAGCGACCAGCUUGAUGUUCUGGAGGCCUACUUGAAACUGGUCCUGAAAUCCAAGACAGAAGUUCCAGCAGCCAUUCUGCAGCGAAGUAUCGCUUGCAUUUUCGCAGUCGACCGUAUUGAGGCGAGCAAUCAGAACGAGUUUCGGAUGCUGGGCUCUUUCGCCGAGUUUCUGAUGCAGAACAACGACGAAGAGGACUUUGAGGGAUUCGCAGUCAAGCUACAGGUGUGGCGACAGGUGUCGCAGGCGUUGUCCAACUAUCUGCGAAACAAUGCGCUGGAAUACCGCGUGGCACACAACGCUUCCCUUUUGGACACUUGGCUUUUAUGGCCACUUCAGACACUGGCUGCCUUUGCUGGGCGACGUGCCAGCAACUCCUUCGAUGUCUCAUUUUGCGAUCAGUGGCGCCAACUGGUAAACGCAGGACAAAACGCACCGGGCAGAAGGAAGUUCUUGACGGACCUGAAAGCCACACUUACAGACCUCCUUAAGAGCAAAGACGAACCGCACUUUGCUGAGCUCUUCGAUGCUUAUGUGAGCUCCGUAAUCAAGCUUGGACUCUGUAAAGAUGCACCAUUGUAUAAGGACGUCUUUGGCCUACUACAAACCAUCUUCGAGCAGCCCUCCUCCCAAAAGACCCUCGAAGCCUGUUUAAACACCCUCCGCAACCUGGUGGUGGAGUUGCGCCAAAACGAACUCAUGGUAGUGUUCGAUUCAUUGAAACCAACCUUGUCCUCUGGCAUCCAGUGCUGGAAUAAGUUGAAGUGCGAAGGAGGCUUCUUGGAGGAGUGGAAGCGGGGUAUUCAAGAAAAGUUUCGCAAGCUGCCCAUGAAGACUAUGGCAAAUCAGCUCAAGGAACUCUUUAAGGGAGACGACCUCUUCGUGAUCAUACCUUCAGUGUGGAGUCUAAACCCCGAAAAGCUGACGGAUCGUCAAAAGGAGCGCUUCGCUGAGAAGUCGGACAUUCCAGCGCUGUACAAUGAUAUGUCGCAGUCCCAGGACUCCGCAUCCAUAAAGCCCUGGACUCCCAAGAAGGUGGUUAUCGCAAAGAGCAAACAGGGUGAACUGGCCUUAACCGGCAAGGAUGACAACGAUGAGGUGAUCGACAUAACGCCAAGCGAGGAAUCUGAGAAGGAACCAGUGAGAGUUGAGGUAAUUACACCAAUCCGAAAGAAACCUGGACGUAAGUCCCAGGCUCAAAAAGAUGAGGAGGCCGCUGCCAGGGCCGCAACUCUUGCCGAGGAGCCGCCAAAGCGUCAGACGCGAACACGGGCUGCUCAAAAAGACACGGAACAGGCGGCACCUGAACGCCAACUCAGAUCGCCAAAGAAAUUGCCACCGCCUCCGGUCGUACAAUCUACAGCAGCUGCCGGUAAGCAGGCAAAGGUUGCAAAACCCACCCCCGUUGUGGUAAUUGCGCAGAGCGAGGAUCUCUUCCCGGAAGUCGCAGCUGAGCCAGAGCCAGAACCUCAGAUAGAACCGGUUAAGAAACCCGACCCUGUUCCCGAAACAACCACUCAACUGACUCCGCCUGAUGUGCCCUUGGAAGCUGUACCCUCUACCCAGCUGCCGGGAGCUAGCGGCGAUCCUGCCCCCUCAGCGGCAGCUGUGGCUGCCGGGGAGACGUCGCCAAAGAAAUCCGGCACACGAAUAUGCAACUUGAGUUCGCCACCUGAUCGCAAGCAGACGAACAACUCCUCGAGUCCAACUCUGCGGCCCAAGCCCACGGGACAUCUGACUGGACGCGGUGCUCAGCUGAUCAACAUGAUCCGCAACAAGAAGCUGGACGCUGCAUCCGGUUCGCCGUAUGCGUGCAUGUCUACAUCGCGCCUGGUCCACCAAGUGACGCCGGCCCGUGUCCAGGAUCGCGCCGAGCAGGUGUCCACGCCCACCAGCGAACUCAACGAGCUGACGGGCACGGAUCAGACAUCCACGCCGAUUCAAGCACCUCCCUCCAAGGAUCUGCUGGUGUUUUCCAAACGACUGCCAUCCCCAUCGGCCAGUCCUUCGGUGAGCAUCCUGAAGCGCAAGCUGCGAUGCGAAAGUCUCGAUGAUGUUACUCUCGACUCGCCGGCCCUAAAGCGAAAGCGGGUUAGCUUCCACGACCCACCGGUGUCCGUCACCAAGGAGUAUCUACGGGAUGUUGAGGAGACGCGCAGCAGCUUGAAAACCAAGCGCUGCCUGCUCAUGGACAAGGUGGCCCAGACCACCGAGAUGCGCCAGGCGCUGAGAAGACGCGGUCGGUUGGAUAGCAUAAUAGAGAUAGAACGUUUCGCCAGCGAGCAGACGGCCAGAACAGCGACGACGGACAAGAGCCUGGACAAGUCCACUGGCGAAGCUCCCGAGGAGGAUGCCUUCACCAGCUUAAAGUGGAACGACACAGGAAAUGCGCACAACAUCAGCAUGAGUGAAGAGCCCGUUAAGGCGAUGGAAGUCGAGUCUGAACCAGAGCCAGCUGGUCAGGAUCUAGCCAUCAUUGAUCCAGAGGCCGCCCUGGAUCUGGUGGUGGAGCAAUUGCCGCUGGAGUCGGUUUUGCAGCGCUACUUUGACAAGAAUCCGCUGAAGAGCGCCGGCACAUUGUCCAAGUUUCUGUCCGCCCAAAUGGGAGCAAACGAAAAACUCAAGACAAACGUGCUGGAGACCCUGUCGGAGAACCACUCCAAGGACUUCCUCGAUCACGCUGUGCGGGAGAAUCUGUCGUCGGUGGUGUGCGACCGCCUGAACCCGAACUCUGUGCUGGAGUACGUAUGCGCCAAGUCGAAGAUCAGCAACAGUUGCCGCAACGGGCUGCUGGCCCAGGUACCCGAAAUUCUCAAAAGCGGCCCGCGCUCCGAUGCCGAGCGACUGGCCUUCGUGGAACAGCUGAUGGUGCAGUGCAGCCCCGGUGACGACCUGCUCCUCGAUCUCAUUGACCUUCUGAUGCGUACGCGUCGUGAGCGGAACAGCAGCAGCACCACCUCCACCCACCUAUCCAAGGGCGUUGUAUCCGCCGCUGGAAGCCCUGACAACGUGGCCGAGACCGCGGCCGACUCCUCGUCGAACUUGUGAAUUGGACCUGACUUGAAAUUACAAAUGAAAUAUUACGCACUUGGCCAUUGCCAUCGAUUAAGCAUGGAGGUACAAUUGUAACUAGUUGGUUCUAGAUAGUUAAGUUUAAACUGCAUUAUGUUUAAGAUAUAUAUUAUGCCCGUUGGUGUAUUAUGUUUCGGCUGCAAGAACUUGCUUCGUAUUUUUACAAUAAAUUCAAUAUUUUAUUAUUAUAUAAAUUA